AAGAUUCCACAUUCAUCUGUCCUUAGAUUGACCUUGUCCACAAAAAAUUCACAUCACUUUUGGUCUCAUUUUGGAAGAAAUUCAUGUUACAUGCCAUGUUACUUUCUACACCUCUCUAAGUCCCAACCAAUACGGCAGAAACUAUAUAGAAUGUGUAAUUUAAUAUUCACCGUGCAAUCUUACAAUUUUUAUAUUCACUCUUUAGAUCUAGAUUCUCUGCAUUCAUAAAUCAUAAUACUAUACUAUAUAGUAUUUGAAGUGGAACAAAAUAUCAAAGUUCACAAAUAUUUCUUUAACUCAGUUGCAGGCAUGGAUUGGUUUUCAUGGCUUUCAAAAACAAGCCUUGAACCAUCUCUUGUAUAUGAGUAUGGACUUAUCUUGGCUAACAACGAGCUUGAAGAAGAAGACAUGUUUUACUUCAACCAUGAGUUUCUCCAAAGCAUGGGAAUCUCUAUAGCCAAACACAGACUAGAAAUUCUCAAGCUUGCUAUGAAAGACAAGAGAAAGUUUCCACACACAGUUGCAAAGUUUGUCGCUGCAAUCAAAAAGUAUGUUCGGAGUUUGACUCAUACUGAAGAAUCAGCACUUGCCGUGGUGCCAACAACCAGGCCUAGUGGUGGAUUUGGGAGAAGAUGGAAGAGUGCUAUUAUGAAGAGAAGAAAAAAAUAUGUGGUGGCUGCUAAACAAGAGAAACUGUUUCUGACAAAUGGUGUAGUUCCUGUUCCUGCUUUGUCCGGUGAUCUUGAUGGUUUCGCUAGUCCUGUUGUGUAUCAUUUCCAAAAGGAGCAAAAGAUUGAUGGCGGUGGCGAUGGUGGUCGUGAAGAUGAUGGUGAUGGUUAUUGGUGUGCUGCUGUUGAAGAGAUUAAGUGGGAUACCAUGUUUAAGGAUCUAAAGCCAAACUAAAAGUUUUUCCAGAUUUGGAUCCUCUCCUGUUAGAUCAUGUACAGUUGAAGUAUGGUGUUGUGUAGAUGUAGAGGAUCCAAUUUCUUCUACAUCCUCUUCACUAUCUCUAUCUCUCUCUUACUUUCUAUCUUUCUCUUUUGCGCUUGGAAGGAAAGAGUUCAUGGCAGUGAAGUACUGAGGUAGAUAUUUAGUUUUGUAACAAAAAGUAUGUAAUUUGAGUCUGCUGGACUAGAGUUUAUGUGUUGUACUAUGUCAGAUUUAGUGACAGUUCAUAUUUACACACUUUAUUCCAUGUUA